AUGGAUGAUCUUCAAGUCAACCGCGAUGGCACGGUUCUGGAAACCAAGUACGCUGCACUGGGUCGGUGGGCUACCGUCAAUGUAUUUUGGAAGGCCAUGCUCUUUUGCAUGAUCCUCAAUUGGGCCGCGCUCGAUGACGGUUUUCAACAACAAAUCCCGGGAAAUGUCAUGCCCAUGCCAGCCUUCGUCAAACAAAUGGCCAACACGGUGAUCGACGGCGAACCGGCUAUCAGCGCCCAGGUCAUUUCAUACUUUCAAGGGUUCGCAGAAAUGUCCAGAAUGUUCGGAUAUGCACUCGGAGGCAUUCUCGCCGACAUAUGUGGCCGAAAAGGCACCAUGUACAUCUCCAUCGGGAUCCUUUUGGCAGGAUCCCUAGCGGAAAUCCUCGCGCAUGAUUGGAGGUCUUGGCUUGGAGCCGCCUGCCUCAUUCGCUUUGGAGUUGGCUCGACAACAAGCUGCCUCAUCACCUACGUUUCAGAGAUUGCGCCCUUUCAGAUUCGUGGUCUUGCGGUUGGAUCCUACCAGCUGUUUCUCGGCGUCGGGCAGCUCAUCAGUGCGAUUGCAGCCAAGAUCAUGACGACGUCGAAUCCUCACCAAUGGAAGUUCUUGAUUGCCACCGAGUUUCUAUUUACUGGUAUCCUCGCGAUUGCUAUGCCCUUUGUUCCGGAGUCGCCUAUUUAUCACGCUCGAAAGUACCGUCAUGAUAAGGCCAAGAAGUGUAUGUUGCAGCUGUAUGGGAACGUCCCUGAUUAUGAUGUGGAAUACGAAUACAAGGUGAUCCAGCACGGUAUUGAAGUCGAAAGGAGGCUUAACCACCUUCUAGAGGGAGUCACGUUUUGUGACUUAUUCAGAGGUGCAAAUUGGAAGCGAACCGUGGCAGGAGCCGGUGGCAUCAUGGCACAACCACUAUCUGGUGCACCAAUUGUUUUCACCUAUUCCACGUACUUUUUCCAAGUGGCGCACCUCGACGACCCUUUCUUGGUGACAGUCGUCACUGGAUGCACGGCCAUGCUUUUAUUCAACACUGGCCUUGCAACAACAGGCUUUUUUACGUCGCAAGCAUCUGGAAAAGUUGCAUUGGCCAUGCUGCUACUGUGGGUUAUAUCUUACGGGCUGUCAGCCGGGCCCCUUGGCUUCGUCGCAUCUGGCGAGGUGUCGACCCCUCGACUCAGGGCCCUAUCAACGUCGUUCAAUUUAUUUGUCUACGGUGUUGUUUUCGUUGUUUUCCAGUGGACCAUCCCGUACAUGAUCAGCCCCGACGAGGCCAACCUGGGUGUAAAAGCCAUCUACGUGUGGGCAGGCGUUUUGGUCCCGACCAUCAUCGUUCUGUAUAUAUACUAUCCCGAGACACGUGGACGUACCUACCUCGAACUUGACGAGCUCUAUGAGCGAGGAGUUCCAGCGCGGAAUCGAAGCUCCAAGCAACAGCUCGACUUACCCACUUUCGGCGCCGUCAACCCGCCGCAGCCUCCGCCUGACAAAGGGUUGCCCACGCAACCGCCCAUCGUCACCUCACGCCAUCUCGAACCUCGACUACAGUUCAACGAAACGAUCAAAAUCCCGACCUGCCACUCCAUACUCUUCACAUCUACCGAAAACAUGGUUCCCAUUUCUUUCCUUUUGGCUUGGGGCAUCUUGUCUAAGACGGUCUUCCUUCUCUUGCAGCUCCUCAACCUACUGACGUUUGGAUUAUGGUCCAAGGUCGGACGAUUGACGCACUAUGCCUUUGACGCUGUCCUCAUCUCUGCAUUUCUUGCAGGCAUGAAGCGAUCGACCGGCUUGACCGUGAGCAGCUUCAAGACGGAAAAAGUCGCGGGCGAGAACAAAGAGGCCAACAAGUGGAUCGACAAGUACCUCGGCCUCGGCGAAUGGGUCAUGGACCAGUCCGUGGCCAUUGCCGGCUCGAGCAGCUUCUUUGAGCGCACGCGGUAG